CGGCCGUCCCCCGGGAGCGGUGUGGAGGGACGGCGCCUGCUCCUGAGUCAGCAGCGGGAGGAGGCGGGCGGCACUUCGCCGCCCUGCCCGGCCCCGCUCCCAGCUGCCGGCGCCGAGCGCCCGCGGGAGGAAGGGGGCGGCGGGGCCGUGCCGGCUCCUGCCCUCCUUCGCCUCCAGCUCUCCUUAUAAUUUACUCAAGCUUCUCCAGAAGCAUCAACCUACACCUGCAAAUUGUACCUCUGCUGCAUAAGGAUGCCUCGUGCUUGAUGGACACAGGAGGGAACCAAACAGUAUAAGAGGAAACCGAUGUUAAGACCUAGAAUUUCGACACAAAUGAAAAAGUGGUUGUCACUGCCUUCGUGGUGCAGUAUGGCAUUCGGACCUGGUGUUCUCUGCCUGCUCCUAUGGGCAAUAACAGGUUCCAGUUGUGAGCAGUGCAGAGAAGGAGCCACGUACUCAGGUGCAGUAAUAUCUCCCAACUUAGAAACCACUAAAAUUAUGCGAGUUCCUCAUGCCAUGUCAGUGUCCGACUGCAUCGCAGCUUGUUGUGACCUCUCUGGUUGUGACUUGUCCUGGAUGUUUGAACAACGUUGUUACAUCGUGAACUGCCAACAGGAAGAGAAUUGUAAACCUAAAAAAAUUGAAACUGUGAAGUCCUAUCUUACUUUUGUGCUGAGGCCUUCUCAGAGGCGAGCCUCGCUGCUAGGAUUUGGGCAAGUGAUCCCAAGCAUGGUCCACUCUCUGGGACACCAGAAUGAGCCAUCUGAGGAAGUGAGUAGCCUGAAGAAGCUGUCUCUGCUUGGCAAAGAUCCCAGCCUUGAGGAGAUACCUGAAUACAUUGAUGAUUAUAAAGAGUUGGAGGAGGACCCAUUUCAGAUGGGCAUCAAACAUGAGCAGAAGGAGAGCACAGAUUAUGCUGACUGGGGCCUGAUGAUGGCAGGUGAAAAUGGCUUCAAUGCUUCCACAAGUGAUGACGGAGAUAACCAGGAAGACUUUGCUGAAAAGAAAGGGGAGGCUGUGAAGGUGGAAAGCCUUUCAAAUAAAAACGUCUCUGAAUUGAACUCUGUCGCUGAACACUCCACAGACAGGUUGUCAUCCCUCCUGGAGAUUACACCAUUCCCUGGGAAGACAUUUGAAAGGGAAGCAGCUGUUCAACUUCUUGCACAACCUGAUGAUGCUUUGCAAAAAGAGGCUGCUACACCUUCCUCUUCUUCAAAUAAAUUGGAUUUCUUCCCCGGUGUGUCAGAGAAAACCCAGACUCCCACAGUGUCCCCAGAGAAUGUCACUGAAGGUGGGAUCAUGUUACUUCCCACUAAUACUGUGCCGUCUGAGCCCAUGCAGCAGUUCACGCCACCUGCUACUGCUGCUAAAGCAGAUACAGUAAAAGAACUUAUUGUGUCUGCUGGAGAUAACAUACAAGUGAUGUUACCCAAAAAUGAGGUUGAACUGAAUGCCUUUGCCGUCCCACCACCAUCUACAGAAACAGCUUACACCUAUGAGUGGAGCCUUAUCAGCCACCCUGCUGACUACGGUGGUGAAAUGGAGCACAGGCACAGCCAGACUUUGAAGCUCUCUCAUUUAUCAGUGGGACUUUACGCCUUCAAAGUGACAGUUUCUGGUGUAAAUGCCUUUGGUGAAGGUUUUGUAAAUGUCACAGUCAAACCAGCCCUCAGAGUCAACCAGCCGCCUGUCGCUGUUGCUUCCCCCAAAGUGCAAGAAGUUUCUUUGCCUACAACUUCCACCUUCAUCGAUGGCAGUCAAAGUAUAGAUGAUAUGAAGAUAGUGAGUUACCACUGGGAAGAAAUUAAAGGUCCCUUGCGAGAGCAGAAGGCAUCUGCUGACACACCUGUCUUGCACUUGUCUAACCUUGUUCCUGGAAACUACACUUUCAGACUCACAGUGAUUGAUUCAGAUGGAGCAGCCAACUCCACCAUUGCUUUUCUGACUGUCAACAAACCAGUGGAUUACCCACCUAUUGCUAAUGCAGGACCUAAUCAGGCAGUCACCUUGCCCCAGAACUUCAUCACGCUAAAUGGAAACCAAAGCAGUGACGACCAUGAAAUUGUCAGCUAUGAGUGGUCCCUCAGUCCCAAAAGCAAAGGCAAGGUUGUAGCAAUGCAGGGAGUGCGGACACCGUACCUCCAGUUAUCUGCAAUGCAGGAAGGAGAUUACACGUUUCAGCUGACUGUCACAGACUCUGCAAGGCAGCGGUCCACGGCUGAGGUCACACUCAUCGUGCAGCCUGAAAAUAACAGUCCUCCAGUAGCAGUGGCUGGCCCUGACAAAGAAUUGACCUUCCCAGUAGAAAGUGCUACACUGGAUGGAAGCAAAAGCCAAGAUGACCAAGGCAUUGUCUUCUAUCAUUGGGAAAAUAUCAGUGGACCAAGCUCUGUACAGAUGGAAAAUGAUGACAAAGCAAUAGCAACUGUGACGGGUCUUCAAGUUGGUACCUAUCGCUUCAGGCUGACUGUGAAAGACCAGCAGGGCUUAAGCAGUGCAUCUGUGCUGUCUAUAACUGUGAAGGAAGAAAACAACAGUCCACCUCGGGCGCACGCUGGUGGGAAACAUGUUCUCGUGCUUCCAAAUAACUCUGUUACCUUGGAUGGCUCAAGAUCUGCUGAUGACCAGGGGAUUGUGUCAUAUUUGUGGAUUCGGGACGGUCAAAGCCCAGCAGCUGGGGAUGUGAUCCAUGGCUCGGACCACGAGGCAGUACUGCAGCUAACUAAUCUGGUGGAAGGAACCUAUACUUUCCACUUGAAAGUGACGGAUGCUAAAGGAGACUCAGAUGUUGAUUCAGCAACUGUUGAAGUGCGGCCUGAUCCCAAAAGGAAUGGUCUGGUGGAGCUGAUUCUGCAGGUUGGAGUGGGACAGCUGAGUGAACAGCAGAAGGACACUCUGGUGAGACAGCUGGCUGUAUUGCUGAAUGUUUUGGAUUCAGAUAUCAAAGUUCAGAAGAUACAAGCCUACUCAGAUAUAAGCACCGCAGUUGUGUUCUACGUGCAGAACGGGCAUCCUUCCACGGUGAUCAAGGCAUCAGAUGUCUCAAGAACUCUGCACGUGCAGCUCUUGAAACAGAAGGCUGACUUCCUGCUCUUUAAAGUCCUGCGAGUUGACACGGCUGCCUGUCUUUUGAAAUGCUCUGGACAUGGGCACUGUGACCCCAUAACAAAGCGCUGCAUUUGCUACCAGCUGUGGAUGGAAAACUUGAUACAUCGUUAUCUAAAUGAUGGAGAGAGUAAUUGUGAGUGGAGUAUACUCUAUGUGACUGUAUCUGUUUUUAUUUUGAUUGUGGUCAUGGUAGGGCUUGCCUGGUUCUGCAUCUGCUGCUGCAAGAGCAGAAAGAGGACAAAGAUAAGAAGGAAAACAAAAUAUACCAUCCUAGAUAACAUAGAUGAGCAGGAGAGAAUGGAACUACGACCCAAAUACGGUAUAAAACACAGAAGUACAGAGCACAACUCCAGUCUGAUGGUCUCUGAGUCAGAGUUUGACAGUGAUCAGGACACUAUCUUCAGCAGAGAAAAGAUUGAAAGAGAGAAUCCUAGAACACUUAUGAAUGGAUCCAUCAGAAAUGGAGUUUCCUUCAACUACAGCUCCAAAGACAGAUAACUGAAUGAGGGUAAAAGCACAGAACAUGCUGGUGCAACACAUCUGAAACAUGUUGGCUCACCUCUGUUUUUUCUAGAACCAAAAGCUUCCUAAAUUAUCAAUUAAUUGCAGAUGAAAGGGUAAAUUUUUAACACAGGUAGAGGAAGGAAGAAUGAAGGAAGAAAGAUUAGAUGGUCCACUAACUCCUCUUGUCACCAUUAUAGGAACAAGGAAAAGCACAUCUUAUUUCUUCCAUGUUCCAUGCUGAAUGUUUGUCUGAACUUCUUUUUUCUAUGUCACUGCUACAAAAUUAACCAGGGCUGUUGUGCUACAGACUGUGAUAACUAACAAUGGCAUAUCGAUUCAUGUCCUGUGCUCCUAGCACUCUCUUGGAGAAGCAGUGUGGUUUAUAACAGCAAAAGCCAAUAUAGAUAAAUUCCAUUACAACUAUAGAGAGUAAUAUGUGGCCACAGACUCCAUCUUAAUUUUCAGUUCAGGAUGGAAACACAAAGUGCAUUUUUAGUGCAUUGUGUUUAUCUGACUGUGCUUUGUGAAUUCUUUUUCUAGGGUGGAAAUUCUUUUCUAGGGAAUUCUUUUUCAUGAGGUGGAAAUGUCUUUGUUUUGUUUUAGAGAAAGUUUUCCCCUGUAUUUUCAUAGGAGGUAUGAUGUCUACAGGAAAGUCCAGCCUUAGGCUGAUUCUGUAAUGGUGAAAGUGCUUUAUCUAUGCCGUGUCCAUCCAGGAAACUGUAGCACCUUCAGAAGCAUUUUAAGCAUCUCAAGCAACCUUUUGCUUAGACAUCACUUUUGAGGAGCUCUGAACCUUCUAAGACUAAACACUCAGCCGAGACAAGUUUUCAUCUGUCAGCCUUAGUGCUCAGUUAAAGAACGUGCCAGGCACUUGUGUAGUGAAAUGCUUGUGGCAAAUACCGUGUGUGAAGCAGGAGGUUCAACACUUACCUUCAUUGUCAUGGGAAUUGGUACUGAACAAGGUUUUAGCUUGAACAUUAAACUGUUUUGCUUCUUCCUCUGUGGCUGUUCAGUGACUGGAUGUGUUGACCUAAAGAGAUCCUUUCAGGUUUUUGGCAAGGGUAGGUGUAUUGAAGUUCUUAAAAUCCUGUUCACAGUCUGGAUAAUUUCUUCACAGCCUGCUUGUUAGGCUUUAAAAUCAUGCCCCCACAAUACUGUCCUUAAAAUCCCAAACUGAAGACCUGGCUUUUAUACAUAAGCCUCACUUGGUGGGGACAUCUGUGUCAGUGGUACUAUUUAGCCAUGACGUCAGCUUUUCCUGGGGGUACUCUACUGAUGUGCUGGAGUCUUGGGCUGAGAUGGAGGAAUGAUGUGUUUCAAUGGAGAAAACAUUCCUCUGGGAGCAUUUUGGAGAGAGUUUUUUUGGUUUUAGUCCAGAAGUAGAGAACCCAAUAUUGGAGAAGGACGAAACAGUAUAGAGAUCAAGGGGAGCAGCAUAGAAGGCUCAGGGAGGGUAUAUAGCCCAUCUCCAUCAUGAAGAAUAAUUUAGUGGAGAAUUUUAGGGCUUUCUCCAUCUCUUCUUAGAAGUCUGAGAGACCAGAGUAGCUGAGUUGAACACUGGGGCUUCUGUGCUUCUCUUGUUAAUGGAGUUGGGCAACUAGGUUGGAAGGAAUCAGUAGUCAAAAGUUGCAGCAACACGGCACACUCAUAACUUGUUUCAUACCUUUGAUUCUCAAAUGCAGCCAGCAAGAGUCCAUAAGGCUACUAAUACAGCACUGAGGAAUACUUAUCCUGUGCCCAGCCCUGCAUUUCUCUGAAGAGCUUUGUGUGGCUGCAGGAGUCAUCGUGGAGGGAGAGACUGUGAAGAGCUAAAAAGGGCUAGCGCAGGUGUUGUCUAUGAUUUUUCCCAUACCCACCAGCAAGGUGCAGUAUAAAUGGUAUGAUUUGCUUUCUUCAGAAACCAAUUUCAACUCUGUGUAUGGGGGGUUUAGCAUAUUUAUUGAAACAAAUCUACUUUAUCACACUCUCCCCCUUCUUGAGAGUGUGUGUGUAUAUGUAUAUAUAUUUUUAAAUAACUUGGUCAAUAAAAGCAAGGUCAGCUUCUGAUGUCUUUCAGUUUCUGCUCCAGAUGUGUUAACGUAAUAAUGCAGUGUUUACUUUAAAGUAUUCCUGAAUAAAGUUAAGGCCCACUCAAAAUACUGAUUUUUUUUUCAUUUGAAAUUCAAAUGUUGGGCUUAAUCCAUUCUGCACAACUUCCCAGAAUGUUCCAGCAGGAAUCGUGCUCAUGGACACAUGCAUUUUUAAACAAGCAAACAAGUUGCUUAAGCAGUUUCAACUUUGUAUUUGCCAUGCUGCCAUUAAUGCUUCUGCUAAAUACUCUCUCCAGUGUGCCUUUAUCUAUAAAUUUACCUUUUAGGACAUGGCGGUGCAGUCAGCAGCAUCCAUCAGUUUUGUAAGAUCAGUCACUUUAUAUGUUUUGGGUUUAUUUUAUGUUUAAAGUCAGUGCCAAAGGCUAGGAGGUUGUUCUUUCAAGGAAUUAAAAUUCAGACAUCUUUUUAUGAAAAAUAAAAAAAAAAAAAAAACCAAACCAAAAAAACAACCAAACAAAAAAACCGAAACCCAACCAACCAAACCAAAAAAACCAACCAAAUAAAAACCCCAAAACAAAAACCCAAACCAAACCCUAAAACUAAAGGUCGAUUCUCUAGUAAAACAAGUACAAGAAUCAGGUUUUUCUUGUUCAGGUCUUCUCUCCCUCUGUCAGAUACAUCACAUAUAAGUAGUGUUCAGGCAUCUGUUUUGUGCUGACAGCUGUUUGCUUAUAGGGUAUCAAUUUUGCUUUUCUUGGUCUCUGUGGGCAAACAGAAGUGUGCACACAUACAAGGAACUUAACAGUGUGUGAACUUAACAGAGAGAGAGUGAGUGGGUGCAUGUGUUCUCUGUGCUGGAUGCACACUUUCCUUAAAUAUUCUGAUGGUCUUGAAAUAAUUGAGUUUAGGCAAAUGUCCUGUUUCUGCUUUUAGCCUUAAGUGAAAUUAGUUUUCCCCCCCAGUAUACUGCUAAUGGGCAGUAGUCAGAUGGAGCUUUGGGAUGGUGGUAAUAAAAUGACAUUUAGUGUAGUCUUCUGCCAUUUAUUUGAGGUUUGAGAGAGGUAAACAUUCCUCUAGAAGAAGGAAAAUGGGAUAGAGAGGUGAAUUCGUUUCUUAAUAUCAGUUAUUGCUUAUCAUUGAUCCUAUCUAGAAUAUUAAUCCCAUAUUUCUGCAGCAAAGAAAAACCCGUUUCACGUUCCUUUUAUAUCCUGAACUCCCCAAGGCAAAGGAGAGAAAUAAAAAGUUUAGAAUUAAAUUUUAAAAAGGAGGCAGCAAAGGCAAAUAAUUCUUGCACAGGCUAUGAAUCAAGUGCAGAUGAGCUGCAAAUCUGUAGUUUGUCUCUGUAUGGAAGCACUUCUCCCUGUGGGUGGAUGGGUGAGUUAUUACAGAACUUAUAUUAGGAACCUGUUUCUAGAAAAUGUUAUUUAUUGCAAUUGCUAUUGUAUUGUAACUGGAACUGUUUCCGAGCUGAAAUUGCUACAUUUAUGUAACUAAUAAAUUUUUGUCUUUCCUUUUAGGAACUUGUCAGGUACUCUUUUAGGCAUGGUGUACUGUAUUGGACUCAACACUCAGGUCAGGCUAAUAGACAUACAUUGUAUACCAUAGCUUAUGUCUGUACUCAAACACAAAAGCAGUGCAAUAGCUGAUCCCUUCCUUUCCUACUGACAGAAGCAUCUUCUUCGACAGAGGUGACAUAAUUCAGUACAUCAGAGAGCAGGAAAAAAAUAAUUUACUGCAGUUCACAGUAGGUUUUCCUGUGGUGCUUGUCCUUACUUGGUUUAAUUGGCUGUGUGUAAAUAAUCACCAGCUGUCAUACCGAGUGUGGUAAUUUCACAAGUUUUGUGGCUUACUCUAUAACAAAUCCAGUAUCUGAGAGCGUUUGUCAGUACAAUGGCUGCUUUGCAGUAAUCAGUGUGCAAUAUAAACCAAAAUACUGUGUUAGAUAGAGGCAGGUUUUGCUGCCUGUUUCUGAACUUCAAAAGAAAAAGUGCUUGCCAUCAGUGUGUGUGAAGUUUGUGCUAAUUUGUGAUAAUAAAAGGUACUAUGAGA